GAAGCGUCUAAAUGUCCCCGGCGAGAAGAGGGGUCUUUUGAAUUUGUCCACUUUUCCGUGGUCGCCAUUAGGGAUAUUAUUCUUUCUAGAGAGGGAAGGAGUAGGGAGGAGGGCCCUGAAAAGCCAGAAGUUCCAAUUACCUGCUGCUGCUGAAACGGUCUCUUCCAUAGGGUUCUUCUUCUAUUUUCUUUUUAUUCGCCAAUCGCCAUCGAUCCCCUCUUGACCUGCAAUUUCCUUUCCUUCUUCUACUUAUUCGUCCAUUUUACUUCUAAUCCCCUAUGUUCAUUGGAAACAAUUGCCAAUCUUGUAGAGGAUUAAUUGUUUCGUUGCUGUCGCGGUGCCAGUAAUAUAUAUACAUAUACAUAUAUAUGUUACAACAACCUCGACUUUCAUCUGUAAUUAUCCUGUGCGAUCUUCUCGGGUUGGAUUUAUCAGUAAAUUAGGUGCUCUGCUCUUGCACACAGCCUGAGAACCUUCCAUUAUCUCAUCGAUCCCAGCGUCUCAUUUUUCCUAGUCUUACAUUCAAUCAAGCGGGCGGUAGUUUCUUUAUUUUUUUCCUUUCUUUUUCGUCUUUCUUAAUAUUUCCGAUAGAGGCGCCAUUAUCCCAGUUCCGCUUGUUUAAUAAUAAUAAUAAUAAUAAUUCCUCGAUUUUGGCACAUUUAAUCUUGGAAUCUCCUCCCAUCGAUCCAGCUCGUUCAUUUGGGGUAUGUUCUUUUAAGUCCAUUCCCCGAUCUCCAUUUCCUAACCCCCCGGGUAUAUCUCCAAUGAAAUUUAGCAUCAUAUCUUUCACCUAACAUUCUAGUUCUUGAUUGAUUGGAGAAUAGUACUCCUUUUAGAAUUAAUCAGGAUUGUGGUGGUGCCCUGAUAAAAGAUAUAUAUACAUAGUUGGAAUAAUGGGGUGCGCAACAUCAAAGCAGAAGGUAUGCCGGAAAUGUCAGGAGCCUUAUUCUCCGGUGCGGCGGAGCUAUUCAAUGCACGCCUCCUAUCACCCUCCUCAAAAGGAAGGCGAAAGCUAUCAUCUCGUGGCUCUUACCUCCUCUACAUUGGGUUCUCUCAAGCUUGAUUUGUUAGAUCCAAAUCAUCCCGCCUUCAAAAGAAAAGGAGACGAAGGAGAAGAAGAAUCCUCCGUUAUAAACCCAGUCUCAGAGCAAGAUGACGAUAAUCAUUCGGUAAAAUCAAGGAAAGAGGAGUUCGCCGUGGGUGUCAUCGAAGCUAAAACUUGGUCGAAAAUGAUCGACGAAAAAAUCCCAAAAGUUGCUCCCAGAACGCCAAUCAGAACUCCUCCUGGGGAGCCGGAAACUAUCAAUGCCUGGGAAUUGAUGGAAGGGCUGGAAGACACUAGUCCUCUUAGGCCCGCCAAUCAUCAUUUCCGUAGCUUUUCUUUCCACGUGGGUUCCAACCAUCAAUUUCCAUGCUUUGUUGACGAUCAGCACACCCCGAGAGUUCAUGAUGACGGGGAAGUGCCGGCGGUGAAGCCGGUAUGGUUGGACACAGCCGAUAGUAGCGACUCCAAUUCCAAUGAGACGUCAAUAAUCUCAGAAUUCGAUCCUGAAGUGAUAUCUGCUUUUAGGAAAUCACUGGAGGAGCUCCCGCCGGCCAAUCCCUUCCAUCUCAAGCCGCUGAUGGGUGAGCAGGCUUUGGACGGCAAAGAUGAGCCCUUGGAAGCAGCUGAUCAUGUCAAGGAAAGAAGCCCUUGGACUGCCGCGCCAUGGGGUAAAGACAGGUUAAUUGUGUAUUUCACAAGCCUAAGAGGGGUGAGGAAGACGUACGAGGAUUGCUGUAAUGUUAGAAUUAUAUUAAAAGGGUUAGGCGUUAAGCUUGACGAGAGGGAUGUUUCAAUGCAUUCCGGGUUCAAGGAAGAAUUGAAGGAGCUGUUGGGAGAGUGCUGGUGUAAGGGAGGUGCAUUGCCUAAGGUGUUUAUUGGUAUCAGAUUCCUCGGUGGGGCGGAAGAGAUACGCCGAAUGCACGAGGACGGGCAGCUUGAGAAGGCCGUGGAAGGAUGUGAAUCGGCGGAUGAUGGUGGCGGCGGCAAUGCUGGUGUUUGCAACGCAUGCGGGGAUAUUAGAUUUGUUCCUUGCGAAACGUGUUGCGGGAGUUGUAAAAUUUACUAUGAAGGUGAAUAUGACGAAGAAGAAUGCGAAGAUGCUGAAUACGGAUUUCAGAGAUGUCCCGAUUGCAAUGAAAAUGGGCUUACACGCUGUCCAAUUUGCUGCGGUUAAGUUUGAUUAAUCUAUGCAAAAAGAUUUUGCAUCUUGGUUUCUUGAUUUUUUUUUUUUUUUUUUAUAAUACUACUUGUGAGUGUUUAUUGUACAGUGAGGAGAUUUGAGAAUAUGAAGAGGCGAUUAUGAAUGAGGAAUUGUAGGUAGGUUGUUCUCUAAA